CUGCAUGUCUGCAGCACAAGCGUGUUUUCAGAGUGUCCCACAAGAAUGUCAAGUGAAACGGAUCGCACAAGCAUUGGAAAAGUGACCCAGAUGUCCUUCAAAAUCGGUUUUGAAGUGUCACGCACGAGAUUGGUUGCUAGUGUUUGCUGCAAAAACAUUGAUGCUGGCAUGCUUUGGAUUCAAUCGAGCGUUGAGGCCAACAUGUGAGCUCUGCGUUGAAGUCUUGUCUAGCUUGGCGAAAACACGAGCAAAUACCUCAUCUCCAAAACAUGGUUGAUGGCCAUCAUGUGGUGUUUGGUUGAAGAAGUGCAACAGCUUGGACGAAAAGGUGACCAUGCAAGAGUGGACUGCCUCCAAGAACAAGGCUUGAUAUGGCUAUCGACUGUGCAAACUCAGACGAGACCCAAGGCUCGGACACGGGUGCCAAUAUCUUCUGUCGCUCAUUGACCAAAGUGCUUCUGUCACAACGAGAUGAACUGGAAGGAGGCGAUCGACUGCUUCUGCCGAUGCACACUUUGCUGCAGCGCGCAGAUGGCGAAGGUGCCCAUUCAAUGAAGACCAUGGUGCACCAGGUGUUGCGCCGCAUCACAAUGAGGCAUUUCCGUGGUCUUGCCUGGCGCUUGGACUGGAGCACUUUGGAACUACAGGUUCAUGUGGCCAACCUUCAAGAGUUCCAGGAGAGCUGCGCGCCCUACCUCAACAAGGAAGCAGUCAGCACAUUCAAAGGGUUCUAGGGGGGUAUGUAAGGCAGUAGCAAGGGGCGCUAAAGUACAUAUGAGUUUGGCUUGUGAAGAUACUAGUUGAAGGCAGUGGCA